GCCUCAGCAACGCGACCCCUGGGACCAGUUGCCCGGCACUGCCCCGGCCCAGCCACAGCACCGCGGCCAGGGAAAAGGCCGGCGCCGCUACGAAGACUAUGAUGCUAUGCGCGGCCCCGCGCCGGCCCCGCGCUGGGCGGACAGCCACGACGAUGGCAACGAUGAUUGGGGCCAGUGGCACGGCACCGCACAGCCCAGCCACGGCCAAGCCUCGUGGGGACAGUCAGGUGGAGACUGGAGCUACGCACAGCACCGAUUCCUGCAGCGUUUUGGCCUCUGCCCCGCCCUCGCCCUGACCAACCGCACGGUAAAACUGACGCCCAGCGAGCGGGUUAUUACGGAGAUACGGUACGUGCGCUGCAAGAACGGCGAGCUCCGCCCCGUCUUCAAGCACAGCAGCGGCUCCGUGUGUUGCGCCAUCGCAUGCCAGAUCUCGAGCUGCGACUAUGGCAGACCGCCCUGCGCAAAGCAAAUCCAUGAGCCCUGGGACAAGGACAUCCACGAGGUGCACCGCUGCUCCAAGUGCAAACAGGCCGGCAAGACCUGCACCGGCCCCGCUCGGCCAGCCUUGCUCCGCGAGCUCGGCCCAGCAGGUACCCUCGUCGUCGUGAUCUUCUUCGGUGCGGCCUCGCUACUUUGGCUUUCCCUGCAGCCCUGCAAAGACCCGACUCAGCAUUGCCUCGCAGUUGUCGCCACUUUCCGGCCCAGCACCCUUGAAAGAUACCUUCGUGUUGCUGCUGCUUGGGUUCUGUUUCUCGAAUGCUCUGGCAUAGCGCUCGCGGCGAUCACUUUGCCCUCGCUUUUGGACUUUCUCGCAGCAGCACGAGCCUCGCACAGCCAAGACCGUGAGGUGCACCAAACAUCUGCCGCAUCUUCUGUGAAAGCCCUUCGCUGGGUUGUCAAGUGCGCCCAGUGGCAUAGCCUAGCCGUGGCGAUGGAUAGCCCUGUUAUCCGAGCAUACUCCUUGCGAGGCACCGCCAAGGACCGCCGCGAAGCCCUGCCCAUUCCCUGGGCCCUCAUCUCGGCUUGGGAAUUUCACGUUUGCACCUCGGGGGCCCCGCUCACUACCAAGCUUAUCUUGGGAGCUAUUCUUUUAGCCGUGCACGGAUGUCUCCGCUUUGGGGACCUGCAACGCAUUGACUUCGAGUCUCUUUCCUUGAGCCGCACAGCCUUGCACGGAAUUUGUUACGCAACGAAGACAACGGACAAGGGACAACCCUUUGCGGUGACAUUGGCUGGCCUCACCGGCCGUAGCACCACAGCAUCUUGCUGGGUCCUGCACUGGCUGCAUGCCAUGCGCACCGCCAUUGACUCCAUGUGGAGCCCUGGCGACGUUGUUGAUUUCGUUUGGCUCAGCACUGCCCCGGAACUGAAUUCAAUUCUUGAACUUAGCCCAGCCUCCUAUUGCACCGCCAUGCUUGCCCUGCGUUGGGCGGCGACCUUGCCCUGGCUGCCGCCCGGCCAGGGGCUUACUGCUCAUGAGGCAGCACAGCUCACUUUGCACAGCAUGAAGCCCACCGGGCUCGCUUCGGCUGCCCAGCUAAGACUCUGGAAAGAGCACCGCUUGACGCACGGGCAUCACCGGGACUCUGCCGCCCUGUACUCCCGCAACGAUGUAUUCGCGAGUCUCGAUGUCCAGCACAGUCUCAGCGACUCUAUGUGCGCCGGGUGGCGGGCCGAGCGUAGCAUCGCCCGCGGAGGCCAGGCACCUAUCCCGGAGCCCCCGUUUGCACUGCCGCCCGGCCCUGUCCUUGAAGAGCUCCCCGCCCAGGAUCUCCUGGACCCGCGCUGGGUCUUCUUCGUUACGAGGCACGAACACCUGCAUGCCGCGGCAGCUGCCACGGUCGGAGCACCCGCCGAGCCUCAGCCGCCCAGCCCGGAUGACAUCGAGGACUGCACUCAAAUCAAGGACGCCUCGGGACAUCAAGCUUCAGCCACGCACUGCGACGACGGGGAUCCAAUCGAAGACUUCACGGAUGAAGAAGCAGCAAUGGUUGCACGCGCCGCCGCGCUGCACACAGACGACACAAGCUCAGCUGAGUCAUCCGUGUCCUCAGACCAUGAGCCUGAGCACCGCGUGCCCCUCAUCAUAGACGGCGAUCAGCGUUUCGCCUGCACAGGCCCCUGGGGCAAGUGGCACCGCGUGGCAAUGCCCCAGGAAGGAGUUCCUUUACGCACCGCGUGCGGCAUACGCCUCGGUGUCGCGGCUCAGUUCUCGGAUCAGUCAUGCUGCCGCUCGUCCUCGCACAGUGCUCUCGGUCUCUUUGGGUUUGUUCGCAUUGCCGCUGUGUGCCGCUGCCCUGCACUGACCAGCUCGUGUUUUGCCGCAGCCGUUUUUUCUCCACUCUUGAGUGACCUUGCCAUCGGGCCCCUCUGCCUGCUCGCAUUGCACGGCAUGUCUCACGCCUGGGACAGCGCUGAAGCUUUCGCAGACCUCCUGCGCAGCCUUCAAGUUCCGGACCAGCUUAGCACUGCACUGCAAGAUUCGGGCAUUCGCACCAUCCCGGAUUUUGCGUUUGCCUACCACGGCGUCGAAAGUCUGGAUCGGUUUUGUGGUCCAGACUUCGCGCAGCUCUGGCAAGACCUGGAGAUCUCGGACGCAGAGCACAGCCCGGCUAUGGCUCGCCUGCGGCGCGCACUGCUAAGAGCCAAAGCCCUGACGCAGGCCUCCGACGCGGUCGAACCGUCGGCCCCCGCACAGUCACAGCAAGCCCAGUCCAUCAAUUCAUGGGCGGAACACGCACCGCCCCGCCUGGAUAGUGCCGUCAUUGCCAAGCUCGUCACAGAUUUCGACACCAAUUAUCCCGGGGAAUACCUCGAUAGCGACGCAAUGCCCAGCGUCAAGAUGCUUCGCACGGAAGCCCAGUUUUUGAGCACCGCCUUGUUCGACGAGACGCCGGAGCUGCCCGUCGACCACUUGCGCUUGAGCCCUGCCUGGCUCAGCCGCAUCCAGGCCGUCUUCCGCAAUGCAAUUGCACUAUGCAAAGGGGCGCACUUGGCCCGCAUCAAGGCUUUCGACAAGAAGGUUCUAGACUGGGCAACGCAGUCACCAGCCGACCACUCGCUCCGCACCGUUACCACCACUGAGCUGGUCGCUGCAGAUAGGAAACUUUGGCAAGAGCUCAGCACCAUGCACAGCUCGGGCUGGACGCUGGAUGAUGCGCUUCAUGAAAUUACCACGGUGCGCUCCGACAUUGGCAACCUCCUGCAGCUCCGAGCAAAGCCUCCGCCACCGCCUCAAAAGCCCCCGCCCCGCGCUGAGGUCAACAAAGGCAAAGGCAAGGGUAAAGACAAGACGAACCGGAAUACCGGCACCCAGCCCGGCAAACGCAGCAGCCCGGGCUCGGGCACCAGCACAGAAAUCAAGGAUGCCGCUCUGGUCCCGUCGCACAACGGGCGCAUCUUUUGCAUCCGCUACAACAAAGGCAAUUGCCGCAAUGCACAGUGCAAAUAUCUGCACGCAUGCGCCUUCAAGCUCCCGUCCGGCGAGCCCUGUGGCAGGUUCUGCCUCUACCUCGUCUGCCUCUGCCGCGCUGGCAGCGACAGUCAGCAAGACAGCCAAAUGACCGGCGUUGCUCCGCCUGCCGCACUGCAAGCAAGCACUGACUCUGAAGAGUCCUCCUCCGCAGAGGGAGACCAAGCCUCCGACCUGGCUAAAACCCCGCCCCGCCUAGGUGCCCUGUCGCAGCCGGACUCCCUGGCACGCCUUUUCCAGAUCGUGUGGUCAGGCAUCCUGGGGUCCAUUUUUGUGAUAUCCACGGCCUGCGCCCUCUCGGACGCCGAGCACAGCCAAGCCCGCGCCCUGCUUCGGGCCGCGCACCUGCAAGGAGCACACGUUAACUUUCUCUUCCCAUGCCAGGCCGAACAGCCCCUGCAGAGCGCGUACACGCACCUCUGCCAGGAGAUAGCCUCGCACUGCCGCGAAUGUGCCGCCUUCGGGCCCAGCACUGUCUUCUGCUCUUCUGACUGCUCACUGGAGCACUUCGAAGUUCCGCGUUUCUUGCCUCGCCACUACAAAGCCAACUGCUCAGCCUUGGGCCAUGCCGAUGUCGCGCUGCACAGCUUCCAGCAAUUCUUGCCAAGCACUUUCCAUCCGGUGCGCGUGCCCACUUGCGACGUCGCCGGCCUCUUCAGCUCCGCAGACCACGCUGCAAACAAUGUUUCCACCAAAGCCCAGCCCUUAGCCAAGCUUGCGCAGGAUAUGAGCAAAUACCUCAAAACACAAGGUCUGGAAUCCGUCAUUGCCCAGCACCUCGCCGAGGCAAAGGAAGGAGCACCCCUUUCCGACUACCACGGCACCGUGCUAGCCGAGCUGGUCCGCCUGCACGUUGAAACGAAAACGACCUGCCAAUCCUUCUUUUCUGUGGCACCGGGCCAGCCUUUCCGCCUGCAAGUCCUGAAGAGCAUAGCAGUGGCCCUGCAGGACAGGGACAGGGACCUGCCCGACCUCCUCGCGGAAGGUGUCCCCACUGGGGCUUUCGAGCCGCUGCCCAGCAGCCACCAAUGGGUUCAAGUCCAGCACUCUUUCGACUCCGAUGCGGACUUCUCUGGUCCCGCCCUGGAGCACUGCAGGGGAAACUGGCUGGCCGCAGAGCAAGAGCCGGCACUGCUGGACGAGCUCAUACAGAAGGAAAUAGACAAUGGUUGGGUCAAGGAGUUCGUCGGCUCUGCAGAGGAGGCGGCCAAGCACUGGCACUUGGGCACUGCAAUAGGUACUCUGCACAGCAUCGCCCCGGCGGUCUGGCAGCAGUUCUACGACGCCCUCGACAGCUCAGCCAGGUCGGCCCCGCGUAUGCACUGCCUCAGUGCUGCCGACGCCUUCGCGGACAAGGGCCGCAUGGGCAUAGGUGGCUGGCUCAGCACUGCACAGCAUUUCAUCUGGUACAGUGAAAUUUUCACCGCGGAGCAAGUCCGCGCCGAGUGGCCCCAGCUCACGGGCAGUUUACAACCUUACAUAGGCUGCUUUGAAACCCUAGCGCAGCUAGCCCUGGCACAGUGUUCCUGGCAACUGCUGCGCGCUCGGCAUGUGCGCUUUGUCCUGCCUAGUGCCAGCGACAAUACCAGCGCUGAGUCCGGUUUGAAUAAGCUCUUCAGCACCGCAGAACCGCUGGGCACCUUCCUGCGCUUAGCCGCUACGUGGGCCCACCUGCACCGCGUGCAGUUUGAAGUUGAGCACCUCGCAGGCGAAAAGAAUACUUGGGCCGAUGCCCUCAGCAGAGGUCGCAUCGCAUUCAUUAAUAAGCAUCGCAGUGCCGAACGCACCCGGGUCUCGCUGACUCAACUUGCUUCCGCUUCGCACAGCGUCUCCCUGCACG